UUGUGACUGCCAUCGAGUUGUCGCAUUCCACAACUGAGCAUCUCGAGCAUCAUGACGGACUCGGACGCCAAGGCCGUGGUGCUCCAAGCCGCACGCGUGCUAGUAUUUCUGGUACUCAACCAUCUGCUCGCGUCCACAGGUUUUAUUGUGAUCCUGUUCGGCAUCGCGUUCUCGCUCGGGUCGCUGGCACUAUGCUGCUUGGGCGUCGUCGUAUUCCAAGGGUUACUGUACUUGGCGCCACUGCUCGCGCGUCUCGACGUGGCGCUUUACAACUUCUUAGAGCCUCCGGAGAACAAGUUAUACGGCCAGAUUCCGCACUAUGGCGAGAAUGGAACGUACUUUGCGCGACCAUCACUCGCCGUAUUGGUCUACUUCAGUACUGCCAAGCUGGGUGUCGGCGUACUCAGCGCUAUGGUGGUGAUCAUUCCGUUCUCCAUGCCGGUCCAUGCUCUCACGUCACCUGUCUUUCGAGCCGAGUACUUCAGUGAAGGCUGGUUCAACCUUUGGGCCUUUCUAGUGGUGGCUACCGCUCUGUUGAUCGGUGGCUUCGUCGCAAUGCCGCAUGUGGCGAGACUCUCGUGCAUCACCACGCGCCUGCUGUGCCGUGAAGUCUUCACGUCGAUCUACACACGCGAUUACGUGCCGUCCGUCUCAGAGGACUCGGCAAUGCCCUCGUACGGCACCAAAGAGCCCAUGCAACAAGUUUGACGAGGAAUGAAGUCAAGAGAUAGCAGAGACCAAGACCUACAGCGGGAAAUUGCACCAUACAAGACAGAACUUUAGACUACGCACAAGAAAUGAAAUCGAUCUGGUCUCGAGCGAUAGAGCACCAGAAUUUUUGCCAUGCCUUUCCAUAACAGCAAGUGACACUGAAGGUUGACAAGUUCAACAAAAAACCGUCAUUCAAAUGAGGAAAAUGGCACUCUUUUGACAGUCAAAACUUGAAUUUAGUUCAUCAUAAUAACAUCGAAUUACACAAUUAAUUUGACAAAGGAG